GGUCCUCGACCCUCGUCGGGGGCAGCCAACUAAAAAGACUCAAGGGAAAGGCAACUAGAAAAAGACUCGUGGCGGUGUAAGAGGGUGACACGGGCCCUCGCUUCAGUCUGUGUUUGCUCACCAUCAGAGACGCUAUACCGCAGGUCUAUCCCUGGAUGUAGUCCCUAGGGGUUCCGGUGCCGAGAAAUUUUGUUUCCAAAACAACGACCUGUCAUUCAUUUAAUUGAUGCUCAAGGGAUUGUUGUCAUUUACCUCCACUUGCUAGGAUUGUUUUCCAGGGUUACAAGUAUUUCAUUGGUGAUAAUCAUUUGGUAGUGUGUGACUCAAGUGAGAAUAGUGAAGAUUAGAGGAGGGAAAGAGGAUCAAACUGCAAGUGAGUUCAACAAGAAUUAGUAGACUACUGUCUGAACCGACGGCACGAGCACGGAUCUGAAACUUGUGAUAUAACCAGUGCAUUAUCAGUGUUUUAUUGUCUACGACCAUUAAUAGUGUCUGACUUGUUGCUAAAUAAGUGUAAUCCAAUUAAAAUACAAACUGUGAAAUAUCAGGAUCUCCAUGUGUCGUAUUGCUGGUGAUUCCUUGGCGGCCUUUCGACCGUGAAGGAUAAAAAUGCUGUGUGGUUGAAGUACUUGGGGACCGCUAUAAGAAAUAACCUAGUGGGAAAAAAAAUACGAGCGUGGAGGAGGUAAAGGGUGCGGAUUACGCGAGUGCAACGUUCGGGUACGCAAGUCGGCAGGCCGGCUCUGGGGUGCCGGGUCCGGGGGGUGUGAUGAGCUGUUCCGAGGUGAUGUAUCAAUAUUAUCCUUAUCUUUAUCAGAGGCCACCGCCGCCCCCGCACCCGAGUCACCCUCAUGCGGCGCCGCAUCCUCAUGCUCACACCAAUCCUCAUGCUGCUCACCACAGCCCCGCGAGACCCGCACCUUUUCAACCCUUCUCAGCAGCUACUGCAACUCAUCAAUAUGACCGGUUAAAUGUUCAUCAACGAUCCCUUGAAGCAGCCGGCAUAGAGUUGUGUGCAGCAAGUGGAAGUGUCCCACAAGGUCAGCCCAGUAGUGCAGGAUCAGUAGGGUCUGCACCUAGUCCAGCAUCACCUAGACCAACCCCACAAUCAAGAGCACCAUUAGCAGCUACAUCCCAAUCUUCAAGAACCCUAGACGAUGACCGAUCGACAGAUGUUUCAUUCUCCUCAGGUGUGGGUGCAGGUACAGCUGACGACUCGGAUGAUGGUGAAAGUCGGGCACAAUACGUCAACGCAAAUUGUGUAGUCUUUACACAUUACCGGGGAGAUGCGGCUACUGAAGUAGAGGAACAUUUCCAACGUGCUUUGGCACAUGACAAAGUCAAAGAAAAUAUUCCCAUGUCUACGAGGAAUUUUCCACCGUCAUUUUGGAACAGUCAACACCCCAGUGACGUUUAUGAGUAUCCAACAGAUCCAUGGCACCCUCACUACCCUCAGUAUCAUCACAGAGCUGUUCACGAAUAUCAUCAUCACAAUAUGGCUGCAGCCGCCAGUUAUGGAGGACUUUUGCUUGGUGGUGCAAGAGGACUUGGACACCAUACGUCACAUCACGCAGCUCAUCACGCACAUGCUGCUGCGUCCUACAAGGAUUGGACGUCUGCGACGCCAUCGCAAUCCCUCGUAGACGCGUCCUCAGCACCCCCUUAUCAUGGUCCUUACGCACCCCUAUCCGGUCUCGAUCCACAGGUCCAAGAUUCCAAAGAUCUCUACUGGUUCUAGAGCCUGAAAGUCUUCUAUAAUGACUGAAAUUACAAUAUACCAACGGAUAAACUUCUGGAUUCAAACAAGUGGAUUGAAGAAAAAAUACUAGACUCUGUUGAAUUGUUGAACUCUGGACAUCAGUGAUGAAUACAAGUGAGAAAAAAAAGUGAAGUGUACAUAGUGUUGCCUAAUUAUUAUAAGAGAUUGAUGAUCAUGAUUAGUUAGAAAUAAGCAAAUAUUUUAGAACUCAUGCGUGCACUAUUUAACUAUUGAGAUAAAUGACUGAGUGCUGAUGAUCUCUAGUUUAUAGUAGUGUAUAUUAUUACAUAGCAGGUUUUUAAAUUAUGUAAAGAAGAUUAAGUAUUUAUUGACCAAUGAUUUGACUAUAUAUUAAUGCUAUACUAUUGCAUAAUAUUAUUGUACAAUCAUCGCAAUUGUUUUUACGUACUAUCGAAAUUGUUAAGAAUGACAAAAAUGUUUCAUUAUUAAGAUUUAGUUGACUAUUUUGCACGUGUA